AUGACUCAUCGUCUCGCUCCCCCCAAAGCGACUUCGACCAAGCCGAAGCCCACGCUGAAGCCCGCUGCGACUAAGCAGAAAAAAUCCGGUGAGUCUGUUGCCGAUUUACUUAAAAAUCAAACACCAAUACCUCCUCCCCAAACCUCCGCUACCGCCACUACCUUCUCCAAUAUGCAAAAUAUGCAAAACCUUUCCCGCUCUCGCUCCCCCAUCAACAAAACCUUUGACAAACCCGUAUCCCCAAUCUCCUCUCGCGAAUCCAGCAUGUCUGUUUCCGAGUCAGAAUACAAAUAUACCGUCCGAAACCUGCCCCAAAACAUUGCUACCCAAAAAUCCUUCUAUUCUUUUUUAAUCACAACAAUUAACCUCAGAUCAAUCUUAACCCUGAAAGUCAAUUAUAACCGAACCGCUCUCCUAAUAACUUCUGCCCCCAUUACCCCAGCCAUCAUCAACCAAUUCCGCACCGCAUCCGGUGAUGCCAACAUAACUGUCGACCCUAUUAACAAAAAGUCCCUAAAUACCCCAUUCCCAAAAGUCCCUACAUUUUCCGUUGUUAUCCGCAUCGUCGAACACGACAUUACCGAAGCCGACAUCAUAAACCAAAACCCAAUCCUCAAAAUUAACCGCCGCCACAGAAUUAUCUCCAAAAAAACCAAUCGUCCCACCCCAUUAAUCCGCAUCAUCUCCGACGAUAAACCCACAAUAGAUCACCUUUUAACCCAAGGCAUCACCAUCUUUUCCCGCGUUUACGAUUGCGAAGUCUCCCAUCCACCUCCCCCAACUCCACUGCAAUGCUCCAAAUGCUUCCAACUGGGCCAUGGCCCCAAUGAUUGCCCCAACAAACCCAUUUGCCCCAAAUGCCCCGAAUCUCAUCACCCAUCCAAAUGCACCGUCAUUACGGCCAAAUGCCCUUUCUGCCAAGGCUCCCACCCUGCAUGGUCCCGUCAAUGUCCAGUUAUCAAAGAAACCCCCAUUACCGAAAAUACCCCAUUCGUCCCAACAAAAAUCAUUGACCCCCCUUCCGAGUUUGCCGACCGAGACAUAGCCGAAGACCCCCGACAGCCCCCACUCUGA